AUGGCGUCUUUAGGUGGGCUGAUGGAGGACUGCGGUGGUUCUGUGGUCUCACUGAGGUGUGUAGAACAUGAAAAAGUCGUCAGACACGCUCAUAUUUUUCAGAUCACUGUGGAGCAGUUGAGAAAAGUGGAGGUGAAAGUUGAUUUUGGCCCGGUCCCAAACCCCCACAAUCCUCCUCCCCUGUGUUCCUCCUCCAUCUCCCAGACUCCAGCUCUAAGCCCUGAGCUCCAGUAUGAAAUCAACAUUGGGCCUGCAGGAAAUGAGAGAUCUCCACAGGAGAUAGAGGGGGCGGAGCCAGGGGAAGACUGA